AUGGCAGACCUCCAGGAGCUGUUCAAUACCGCUAUAGAGCCGCUCCCGUCUAUUGACGACAAGAGCUUCGCAUCUCACUUCGAUAGUUUCGCUGGAAAGCAAGUCGUCCUUCUCGGUGACGGAAGUCAUGGCACAUCUGAAUUUUACCGCGCACGUGCCGAGAUCACCAAACGAUUCAUUGAGUAUCACGGCUACACGAUGGUAGCCGUGGAGGCCGAUUGGCCAGAUGCAGAAGCCGUCGAUCGCUAUGUGCGCAUGAGACCAGGCCCUAGAGCCAACAUUGGAGGUGUAGCACGUGGACAGGAAAGACAUGAACCCUUCAAACGAUUUCCGACUUGGAUGUGGCGCAACCGCGAGAUGCAGGAUCUAGUGGAGUGGAUGCGCGAAUGGAACAAGGAUAAGCCUGAGGAAAGACGAGCGGGCUUCUAUGGCUUGGAUCUUUACAGCAUGGGUUCAUCAAUGAGAGCAGUCAUCGAGUAUCUUGACCGAGUGGACCCUGCAGCAGGCAAAGAAGCUCGGAAACUAUACGGAUGUCUGAAUCCGUGGGCAGAGGAUCCGGCGGCUUAUGGCCUUGCACAUAUACAAGGAAUGCGGGACUGUGAAGCUCAAGUCAUACAGAUUCUGCGAGACCUUCUCAACAAUCGGCUGGAAUAUAUGCAGAAUGACAUUUUUGAUGGCGAGGAAUUCCUGAGUAGCAAGCAGAACGCCUUUCUCGUGCGCGACGCGGAGGAAUAUUACAAAGCGAUGUACUGGAGCUCCGCCAGCUCGUGGUCAUUGCGUGAUACACACAUGUUCGAAACAUUGGCGCGUCUGCUAGAACAUCGUCCGCCACCUGUACACAAGGCGGUUGUGUGGGCGCACAACUCGCACGUUGGAGAUGCUCGCUUCACUAGCAUGGGUUCCCAUCGCAAUGAAGUUAACAUCGGACAGCUCUGUCGAGAACGCCUGGGUCCUGGCAAUGUUUCAAUCCUUGGGUGCUGUACUCAUACAGGCACUGUUGCGGCAGCACACGAGUGGGACGAGGACAUGGAAGUCAUGAAAGUUCGACCUUCAAGAAAUGAUAGCUGGGAAAGACUCGCCCAUGACACAGGGGUCGAAAGCUUUUUCCUUGAUCUCCGACGUGAUCGUCUUGAUCCCGCACUGCGUGAUGCUCUUUUAAAGGAGAACCGUCUUGAGCGCUUUAUUGGAGUGAUCUACAGGCCUGAGACUGAAAAGGUCUCCCAUUACUCUCAGGCGUUCCUUCAUAAACAGUUUGAUGGCUUCAUCUUCUUCGACCGAACCGAGGCUGUGAACUCCCUGGAGACUAUCCAGCCUGCAACCGCACUUGGGAAAGAAGAAACAUAUCCCUUUGGGCUUUAA